AAGACAGUAAUUACGUUCAACAGUAGUUGGAAUAAUACGAUUCUUGGCUCUGCACUGCUAGAUUAGACAAGACAGAGAAAAACAAUGCACUGUUGAUGGAUUUAUAACAAAGUAUACUCUUUCAUCAGAGACACAAACUAAUUUCUACCAGUAUGCAUCUUUCAAGUUUAAUAUACAUAGUGUUUGUGGCGGUAACUACAUGGAUACAAGAAGCGCAGGCACAAGCGUUAUGCAUUACUAGUAAUAUGGUAGAUGAGCUUCCAAGUUGCAAUACUGCUUCACGAUAUUGCUGCGGUUGCAAGACGCUGUUUCCAGAUCCAAACGGGGGUUUCAUCUUACCAUUUGCUAGAAUUAAGAAAGGCGAGUGUAUGGACGAGCCGUGUAUUUCCACUGGAUUUUGUAAAGCAAAGAUAAAAAGAGAAAAAGAAAAAGCAGCUUUAGACAGUGCACAGUCAGACCCCAGGAUGAUGGGAUGCACGUCAAACGACGAUUGUCCGGGAAUUUUGAUUUGCCUACAAGGACUUGGAAUGUGUAUAGCGCCAGGUCCCCACGGCAGCCCUUGUGAUCGAGAUGAUAUGUGUAGUAGUGGUGUAUGUGAUACAGAAGAAGAAGAAUGUGUAGACUGUCUCGACGAUUCAACGUGUGGCGAAAAUGGGAGAUGUGAUGAUGACCACCAAUGUGUUGAAAGAGCUAGAUAUGGAGACGUAUGUGAGGGUGAUGGACAGUGUGAAAGUGGACUGUAUUGUAACACUGGUGCAUGUAGCAACUGUCAGAAGGACACUUGCCCAAGUGGGCAAUUCUGUGAUGGAAGUUCAGACGUAGGAUUCACAUGUAAACCACAGCAACAAAAAGGGGGACCAUGUAAAUUCGACACAGGAUGUUUAGUCGGACACUGCAAUAACAAUAAAUGUGUUGACUGCAUUCAUAAUACUGACUGUGCAGAGAACAAAAUGUGUAGUGACACGUAUGAUUGUGUUGGCGCCAUUGUAAUUGGAGGAACCUGUAAAGAAGACGGAGAUUGUCAGCCAGGUUUGUUCUGUCAAAGUGGUGUGUGUAGCAAGUGUAAAGAUGAUGGUGAUUGUAACAUGG